AUGCCUGUGUCCCCAGAAUUUCUAAAGGAACUACCUAAAUGUGAACAUCAUCUUCAUCUCGAAGGAACGCUAGAACCAGAUCUAUUGUUCCCGCUUGCCAAGAGAAACCAAAUUACUCUUCCUGAAACAUUCCCACAAACCGUGGAGGAACUGCAAGAAAAAUACAACACAUUCGAGGAUCUACAAGACUUCUUAAACUAUUAUUAUAUAGGUACCAAUGUUCUCAUCAAUGAGCAAGAUUUCUUCGACUUGGCAUGGGCAUAUUUCGAAAAAGUUCAUAAACAGGGAUUACAUCAUGCCGAAGUGUUUUAUGAUCCACAAUCUCAUACUUCAAGAGGUAUAUCUAUUUCCACUGUGACUCGCGGGUUCCAAAGAGCCUGUGAAAAGGCAGAAUUAGAAUUGGGUAUCACUUCUAAAUUAAUCAUGUGUCUUUUGAGACACAUGGAACCAAGAGAAUGUUUGGAGACCAUUGAGAGUGCGAAGGAGUUUAUUGAGGAUGGGACUAUUAGUGGAUUGGGUUUAGAUUCCGCAGAAAGACCAUUUCCUCCAAACUUAUUUAUAGAAUGUUAUGAACGUGCUAGAGAAAUUAAAAGUGAUCUAAAUUUGACUGCUCAUGCCGGUGAAGAAGGGACUGCUCAGUACGUGACUGAUUCAUUGGAUUUAUUGAACGCUGGUAGAAUUGAUCAUGGGAUUAAUAGUAUUCACGAUGAAGAAUUGAUUCAAAGACUAGCUAACGAGAAGAUUAUGUUGACCGUAUGUCCUCUAUCGAACGUUAAAUUACAAGUGGUAAAAUCUGUCAGUGAAUUGCCCUUGCAAGAGUUUUUGGAUAAUAAUGUCCCAUUUUCCCUAAAUUCAGAUGAUCCAGCUUAUUUUGGAGGUUACAUUUUGGAUAAUUAUCUCCAAGUGGCAAAGGAUUUCCCACAUUGGGAUUACAAUGUUUGGGCCCGUAUUGCGAAAUUUGGUAUCGAAGGUUCGUGGUGUGAAGCAAAGAGAAAGAAUGAACUCUUCGAGAAAGUGGACAGCAUUGUUGCAAAAUACACUUCAUCAGUAUAA